GGGAGAGUGCUGGGGCUGGGUAAAGAGAGAGUGUGUUGGGGCCCCAACACCUUCACCUCACUCCUAACACCCAGCCCCAACACUCUCCCUCUACCCAGCCCCAACACAUUCUCCCUCUACCCAACCCCAACACACUGGGUAGUGGGAGAGUGUGUUGGGGCUGGGUGUUAGGAGUGAGGUGAAGGCUUUAUCAGUGUGGUGUUGGCCUCAGGCCUUCCACACCAUCCAGUCAACAGUCAGCCGCCACCCAGCAUCUGAGGUGCCGCAGUCACCGCACACCACAAUUUAGAGAGAACCAUUCAAGACUUGAAAAUGUCAACAGCUGUUAAAGUGUUAAACUUGGAGGGAAGUGAUGACAAGAGCGCCAAUGGCCCCUCCACUACUGACGUCCUGACCAUAUCUCAACUGCUGCAGAAGUCUAUGUUGAGAUUGACGGGGAAGUUCUUCAACGAGGAGGCUGGUACUGUUAAUUACAAAGCCCUCAGGGACUCCCAGGAGUACAGGGAGUACUGCGUCCUAGCUGGCAGACUACGUGAGGUGGACAUCGCUGGCCUAGAUGACACAGAGAAACUAGUCUUCUUCAUUAAUGUGUACAACGCCCUGACGGUGGACAGCCUGACUCAGAUGGACACACUGCCCUCCUCAACCCUGCACGUGGAAAACUUCUGGUCCACCACCGCCUACACCAUCGGCGCCCACGCCUACACCCUUGACCACAUCGAACACGGCAUCCUCAGAGGAAACAAGAUUCACCCCAGCUUCGGGAACCCAGUCCUGGCACCCGGUGACCCCCGCCUCAAACACUCCCUUCCUCACGUCGACCCCAGAAUACACUUCGCCCUUAACUGUGGCGCCAAGACGUGUCCGGUAGUGAGGGUGUACAGCAGCAGUAACUUGGAGGCAGCGCUGGAGGGAGCCACCAAGUCCUACCUGUCGCAGGAGGUGCAAGUGAAGGACGGGGUGCUGAGGCUGCCUCAGAUACUAGAGUGGUACCUGGAUGACUUUGCUCAAGACCAACAGGGAAUGCUCAGGUGGAUCCAGGAGUACGUGGGCGAGGCUGAGUGUGACGCCAUCAAGGCCCUGCAGGUUACUACCCUCGAAUCAACAGACAAGAAACAAGUACAAUACUUCUAUGAUUGGUCCCUCAACACAGCCUGAACUCCGCUAUUACCACCACAUGAAACACCUCUCUCUCCUGUCACUGAUUGUUACAUGUCAGUCCAGGCAGGGUAUAGAACCUCAUCUAAUUUCUCUUGAUUUGCUAUCCAUUCAAUUUUUUUAUUAUAUGCAUUUGAUAUUUGCCAACAAAGAAUAGUAGAAUAGUAGUACUUAACAGUGAUGGCAUACUGUACUGAGACCUUCCCGUGCCCCCGAAACCACAAAGGCCUAAGAGGAGAAGGUUUUAAUUCUAAUGGGUAGGUCUGGUUAUAUUAGGUUACACGGGGGCAUGUUAGGACUGAGGCCCAUUUGGCAGCAAUUUGCUGACAUUGUUGUUGUUGUUAUUAAACGAAUUCUAUACCUUGACAUUUGUAUUAUUUUUCUUCACCCAGUGAUGAAACUAACACCAGUACUGUGUUGUACUGUGAUGAAUCUAACACCUGUACUGUGUUGUACUGUGAUGAAACUAACACCUGUACUGUGUUGUACUGUGAUGAAACUAACACCUGUACUGUGUUGUACUGUGAUGAAACUAACACCUGUACUGUGUUGUACUGUGAUGAAACUAACACCUGUACUGUGUUGUACUGUGAUGAAGCUCACACUUAUACUGUGAUGAAGCUAACACCUGUACCGGGAUGUAUAUGUUUAGCUCCCCGAGCCCCAAUGUGGGUCCGUGACCCACGCCCGGGUGGGAUAAUCCCCAUUAAUAUUAGUAUCUAGUACUGUUUAUGUACACACACUGCAGUAUAUUAUAGUCUAAACAGUAAUUAUUCUUUAUCUCGGCUGUACAGUAAUUGUGUGUUGCAUCAAUAAGAAAGUUUGUUAUAGUGAACCGAGUCACAAUUGUGGAACAGUGUUAUGUCCGUCAUAUCCCUGAGUAACCACCAGAGAUACAGUCAUCGGGCAGGAGCGCUCUACUCGUGUUCAACCAUGGAAUCUUCCAUUUUACGACACAAGUAAAGCUCUCUGCCAGUGUUUGUAUCUUGUAGUCUUACAAGGACAUGAUAGACAGUCCUGCACUACCCCUCCCGGGCAGCUUCCCUGCUGCCACUAUACAAUACUCACUUCUUAUUACCCAUAUGGAAGACACCAAUUAUUUGAUAUAUGUAUUUCUUUGUAGCAAAUAUAAAGAUUAAGUAGAAUUAUGUUUAUGAAGCAUAUACUGUAUGUACCCCCAUGGUCAGAAAUGUCGAUUACUUUUUUUAAUACGAGAGGUUUUAAUCUAA